UUAAGCGUGAUAAGAAUACAUAUUUUCAUUGUCUCUGACUUGCACACUUGGAUUCAGACAGGCAGCAGCCAACAGCUAAACAUGGAUCUAAUCAGGAGAGCCACGGGACCGUACACAUCCGUUGAAGAUUCUGUCUUGAACCUGUGUUUUACAAUCUUCCGCACUGUUGAGAAAGUGAAGGUCAACCGGGAGCGCUGCAACCAAAUCUCAGACAGAGUCAAAUCGCUGGAGAGACUGGUUCUCACUAUCAAACAGAAAGGGCCGGGCCAAAAUUCUGCCACUGUGGAGGCCACUCUGAGGGAUCUCUGCGUCACUCUGGACUCUGUCGCCAAAGAAAUGGAGAAAUUAUCCAAAACCAGCGCUCUUAAGAACGCCCUGAAGUCCAACCAAGAAGACAAGUUCUGGAAGAUGGACAGAACCCUCACUGAUAUCCUCCAUGUCCUGUCUGGGACUCUAAACAUCGAGCAGGGCAACGCACUGUACGCAACCCCUCUGCCUACCCCCAGCCCCAUGGCCCCCGCGACCAUGUGUAGCCCCCCAGCCUUCAUGAAUAACCCCAGCCCCAUGCACCCCGAAACAAAGUGUAGCCCCCCAGCCUUCAUGAAUAACUCCAGCCCCAUGCACCCCGAAACAAAGUGUAGCCCCCCAGCCUUCAUGAAUAACCCCAGUCCAAUGCCUACCGCGGACAUGUGUGACCCCCCAGAGUAUACCCCUAGCCCCAUGGCCUCCACGACCAUGUGUGACCCCCCAGCGUAUACCCCUAACCCCAUGCCGCCUGCGACCAUGUGUAACCCCCCAGCAUAUACGCCCAGCCCCAUGGCCUCCACGAACAUGUGUAACACCCCAGCGUAUACCCCUAGCCCCAUGGCCUCCACGAAUAUGUGUAACACCCCAGCGUAUACCCCUAGCCCCAUGGCCUCCACGAACAUGUGUAACACCCAAACGACCACAUAUUACGCCAGCCCCAUGGCCUCCACGAACAUGUGUAACACCCCAGCGUAUACCCCUAGCCCCAUGGCCUCCACGAAUAUGUGUAACACCCAAACGACCACGUAUUACACCAGCUCCAGGGCCUCCACGGUCAUGUGUAACCGCCCAGUGGCCACAUAUUACACCAGCCCCAUGGCCCCCACGGUCAUGUGUAACCCCCAAACGACCACGUAUUACACCAGCUCCAUGGCCCCCACGGUCAUGUGUAACCCCCAAACGACCACGUAUUACACCAGCUCCAUGGCCCCCACGGUCAUGUGUAACCCCCCAGCGACCAUGCGUAGCUAUAGGCCAGUGGUCCUAGGCGCCAUGGCCCCAAGGCUUGUUUCACCACAGGCUACGGUAAUAACUGUUAAAUCAAACUAUGGUUACUCCUCUCCCUUCUAAAAAAAGAACAUUGACAGAAAUAACGCAAGGCAAAAAAAAACAAUCAUCCUGCGUUCGCCUAAACAAAAACACAAUUUUUGUUAAAGAUUUAUGACUAGGACAACUUUACACACCAUGCUGAGCUGUAUCUCAAAACUAAUCUUAAGUAAUACAAAAAGGCAUCCUUUUUGGGAGCGCCGUGGUAGCUCAGUUGGUAGAGCGUGCGCCCAUAUAUAGAGGUUUACUCCUCGAUGCAGCGGCUGCAGGUUUGACUCCGACCUGAUCAUUCCCCAUCCAUCUCCCUUUUCAUGUCGUCAGCUGUCCUAUAGAAAUAAAGGCCUAAAAUGGCCACAAGAAAAACGGGUCUCUGGUGGAUGAAGGAGUCCAAACAAUGUUUUUAAAAUGUCUCUCUACUCAAAAAGCCAAAGUUCAUUUUAGACAUAUAUAUGUAUCUGCUGUUUUAUUCAUAUAUUACAAUGCUUUAGUUAGCCUAAGACGUUGGUGAACUCAUUCCAAGAACCAGAACAGUUCGCCCACAUGAGUAAAUGUUUGUUUUCACAAAAGAUUUGAAAAUCUUUAAAAAAGGGACGGAAAAACUUUACUUUUCAGCUUUAGGCCCAAAUGACCUGUUAACCCUUUGCUUUAGGACUUUGAGACCCGCUAUACAGAAAGCUGAGUUUGCUCUGAACAUUUAGAUAUAAAGUAUAUGGGUAUCAGGUUAUAUGCAAAUACCCUUUAAACUGAAGAUAAGAGGGUUAACAGCGUUAUGUGUAAUUCAUUUUAAAGGGUCAAUAAAUUGUAGAAACUCCAGUAUGGUGAUAGCUAUUAACUAACAAAACUGUUAAUUCAUGCUCCUGGGAAAAUGUUUCUUUCUGAACUCUGAGUUUAAAAGAGAAUAACCUGCAUAGUUAAGUUUGUUGUUUUUCUGUUUGUAUUAAAAUAUAUUUACUAUUCAUUAUUAUGAUUUUAUUCCUUCUAUGAGAAGCACUUAAUUACCUUUUGUGCUAUAUAAAUCAGUGACAAUUUUAUCACAUAUUUAAACAUACAAUAUGUAAUUUUCUGCCGCAAGGGGGCAUGGAUGCGAGGGGUCUCUCGAUCAAAACAAUGGAUGUAAACAGACUUUUGAUGACAUCAUGAAGUGGCAUGGGAUUAUGGGAGUUGUAGUUUUCGUUGUUAUAACACAAUUGCCGAUUAAAACAUAUCUGUUCACGAAUGGGUUUAUCCAUUACAGUUUUAUCCACGUUACGUUUAGUAAUGUUUCAGUAACGUUUAUUCAUGUCAUUCUGAUGAAAUAGCUGCAGUUUGCCCCACAUAAUUAUGUUUUUCUUGAUUCGAUUUGUAUUGGUAGUGGACCAGCGAGCAAGCGAGCUAACAUUAGCCAGCAGCUAAAACCACAAUAAAAAGGGUUUUGUUGUAACCUUACUCAGCGCCGCUGAGAGACUUACUUUGCAUGAGCUACUUGUCAACAUAGCACAUAACGUUAAGCUGGAUCGAUCGAUAUUGAAAUGUAUCAAUAAAUAAGAUCUCUGCUGUAUUACUGUGUUGCAAGUAGUAUGUAAUCAAUGACAAAAUGAUGCUGUGUGGCAGAAAGCAAGCUGUAUUACGGUUACAGAGUAUUAUUCUUUCUGGGACAUUGUAUGAUUUACAAUUACUCUCGAACGUAUCCUCCAGGUUUCCGUGUUUUGACAGAAGUUAGAGUAUCUAGAGGGGUCAAAGGUUUUAUGACGCCACUGACAGGCGACUAAAUGAAACGUCUCGUGUCAUUGAAAUCAAAAUAACCGAUUUUUCUGGGUUUGAACAUUGUUGGAAACAUUUGGGAUAGUGUAAGUACACAACUCAAACAAAUAUAACAUUGUCGUUUUUAGACAUUUUAAUGCAGAAAUGUUACAUAUUGUACCUUUAAAG